ACUGAAAGGCUGUAGUCGCACCAACUGACUGGUCUUCUCCAUCCUCUGGAGCUCCGACGUUCUCGUUCUCGGAGACAUAAACCCAGUUCUUGUCCUAACCCUCCAAGGGGCAAUUGACGUGAGCGCGCUGGCGUCUAACAGAGAAGUGCGGGGCCCUGGGCCCGGGACUCCCAGGAACCGGCCCCUGCUGCCCCUGCUGCUGCUUCUGCUCUUGCUACCGCUGCCCGCCAGCGCCUGGUAUAAGCACGUGGCGAGUCCCCGCUAUCACACAGUGGGUCGUGCCUCCGGGCUGCUCAUGGGGCUGCGCCGCUCGCCCUACCAGUGGCGCCGUGCCCUGGGCGGGGCUGCUGGACCCCUCUCCCGGCUCCCAGGACCGGUCGCCCGCGGCGCUCUCCUGCUUCCUUCCUCAGGGCAGGAGCUGUGGGAGGUACGAAGCAGGAGCUCACCUGCAGGGCUUCCCGUCCAUGCACCCUGGAGUCCGCGGGACCUGGAGGGAGUCCGCCAACCGGAGCAGUCGCUAAGCCUUCACUCCUGGAUCUCAGAGGAGCCCGCUGCUAGAGCCUUCGGAGAGACGCUUCGUGCCCAGCCAUGGUUCCUGCAGCAAGUCAUCUUUGCCGAUCCUGUCAGGCCCAAGAACCGAUGGCGCCCCCAUGCUUGACCUAGGCAGGAGCACAGCUUGAAGCUCCAGUCAGGCCUCGUGGUCUGGUCAAUAAAACCAACCUGAUUCCUGCGCC